AUUUGGGAGCCCCCUAAAAACAACAUGCCUAGGGUAGAUGUGUCCAAAUUGAUUGUCCUUAUCCAAGAGAGGCCAGAAAUCUGGGAUUCCAGGAAGGAUCAGUACCAUGAUCGGGUACGGAAGGACCGGGCAUGGGAAGAGGUGGCGCAGGAGCUGAUGCCCGAAGAUUGGGCCAGAUGCAGAUCUGAUAAGCGAUCUGGAAUUAUCAAACAACUCAAGACGAAAUGGAACUCCUGUCGGGAUCAAUUCCGACGGGAAUUUAAUGCGAGCAAAGGGCAUAGUGGAGACGGCAAGCCCAGGAAGAAGCCGUAUAUGUACACUAAGGACUUGCAGUUCCUCCUGCCUGUAAUGGACCUGCGACCGACAGUGGACAAUCUGCAGGCGGAAGAAGAUUCCUCGUCCACAAACCUGGAUGAGCCGAGUACCCCUGCUGCAUCUUUCAUACCUCAUGCUGGACCUUCAGAGGCUGAGGAAAGGCCAGAGGAGGAAAGCCAGCAGGAGAAUUCUCCGCCUCAGCCAUCCAGGCGACAAAGUUCGCGAAGGAGGGGAGGAUCUUCUGGCCAACAAGCUGCGCAGAUGGCUCGGAGGGAUUUGAUAGACUCCCAGGUCUUUGAGUAUCUCAAUAAAAACAAAGCUGAGACCCCGGAGGAGAAAAUUCUGCGAAGCCUGGCUCCUGCGUUGUCGAGAGUGCCUCCAGAAAGGCAUUCUUUGAUGCUGUCUUCUAUUGCCUCAUUAUUAUAUCUUUUUGAGGGGGAUAGUAUUCCCCUUGAGCUGUUCUGCAUCCAAGGGAACAUCGUGGAUCCUGGUGAAAUUGUGCAAAACGACACAAGCUUGGAUCACCAAGCAUUUGCGAAUUACUUCCAAAGCGCCGAGAAAGUAGCCAGCGUAGAAGCAGUUCACGCUCAAAGUAAUUUGCCAUCGUUAGCGCACAGAAAACAGUGA